AUGCUCUGGCCACGGCCCGCCCCGCUCGAGGGCGUUAAGUCACGCGCGCGCGCCGUCUUUGAGCUGCGGGAUGCCGUGGUCCGCGUCGGCGAGGAGGACUGUUGCUGCGGCCAGCUGGACGUGACCCUGCAGAGCCGGGCGGUGGCCGUCGGCGACGCCGGGCGCGCCCUGACCAGCUUGCUGCUGGGCCACGCGGAACCGAAGAGCGGCCUGGCGCGGCGCCAUGAGCAGCUUAAGGUCUGCCGCCUCGGGCCGGACAUGGAGCCUGGCGCCCUGGACGACGCCCUCCGAGGCCAGCCGCACGUCGUCGUCCUGGAGGAGGGCCCCAGCGACGACCCAUGGCGCGGCACCUUCGCGGCCUUGGUGGCCGGCCAGGCUGUUCGACAUUUCGAAGGCGCAGUCGUGGUGAUCAUUUCUGAAGAGAUGGAUCAGCUACCGAGAGGCCUCUGCUCUUGCCGAUGCACAGUGCACAAGGGCCAGCUUCGAUGGGAUCACAUAUCUACGUCGGCCCACGUCGUGAGCGAUCUGUGCGAAGCUGCAGCUGCAGACGCGAGCUACGAGCCUUUGCUGAAGGACGUGUCACGUUUGUCCAAAGAGUUCUUCGCAGAUUUCGGGGAUGAGGACCCUGCAGCUGUCAGAAAGGAGGCCGCUGCCCGGUGCUGGACCGUCCUGGCGCUCGCCGCUAGCGAUCCAUCCGGAGGCAGGCAGUUGCUCGGCUUCGCGACUUACAGUCUGGAGCCGACGCUGGGCGGGAUCUACCUGGCGCGCGUCGCGGUGCCCGAGCACCUCAGGAACAGGGGCUACGCCUCACAGCUGGUCCGCGCUUUGGUCGCGGAGGCUCGAACCGCGGGCCACGCGCACGCCUGGAUCCGCGCGGGGCUCAGACUGCACCCAGAACGUGGCGCUGCGCGUCGGCUUCGCCGUGGCGGAGUCUGGCGCGGAGCGGGGACCGGAGACGGGCCCCAGGUGGAUGCUGCUGAAGCUGGGGUGCGCAUCCAGCAACGGCGACGAGACUCAGAAGCGCAGGCGGCGACGUGA